AAGUUUUGGACACACCGGCAGAGUCUCGGUCCUCCGGUAGAGUCUCGGUCCUCUCUCGGGUCUCAGUCUUCCGGUCGAGCUCGUGCAGCUCCGCGUUAAACUGAUUAAACUAAUGAGGGAGAUUAAACCGGAGCAGGUGUGCAGACCCGCGUCCCCCCCAGACUCUCCGGACUCCCGGAUCAUUUAGGAUCUGCUGCUCUCAUGCCGUUUCCUCCGCCGGGGGAUCCGUUUCCACACGUGAGCAGGAUUUCACCUUCAGUCGCUUCAGACCGGAAUAUUGUCUUUGUUGUGUUUCGACUCCUGGAUGAAACCGAGUAAAGUGCGGUGAGAUGUCUUCACUGCGCUGCUCUGCGGAUUAUUGAACACGUUUUCUACUUUUCCUGCUGCUGAGCCCCAGGCGGAUCCACGCCGCGGGAGGUUUACACCUAAUGGUUUCACCUGGAUUCUAAUUUAAUCCGCUUUAAGGAAUAAAUCCACAGGGAACUGAUGCUUUGAGGAAUUUAUAACUGGGAUAUAAUCCUGGUUGGUGUGUAUUUAAUCUCACUUUUAAUUUAGUUUAACUCACUUUGCUCUCUAAUGCCUCCUCUGGGUCCGGUUGUCCCCCUGGAGGGAGUCUGGAGGUGAAGAUGCAGCUCCCUGCAGCAGAGGAGGUCCCGGAGGUGCUGAGCGGUUCCCUUUCUGCUCCAGCUUUCCUCCUCAUCUGCUUUGUUUCAGACCAGAAUCUAAUUUAGAGGCAGGAGGAAAGGAAGACCGCCGAGGACCACUUAAUUUCCUCCUGUUUCCAGACUUUUCUACACUUUGUUUAUUUUCUUUCUCAUCUGAAAAUCAAACAUUUAUUUCCUGGAAACAACAGUUUUCUCUAUCUGAACCCUGAGGAUUAAACGAACAGCAGCUCGAGGCUCCCUGAUGAACUCUGAGGUGCUUCAAAACCUCAAGAAAGACAAUCAUUUGGAUCCUAAAAGAAACUCUGGAUUAGGGAUGAGCGAUUAUCCGUGAUUAUUUUUGACUGAUAUUGCGAUAUGAUAAUAUUGGAAAGAAUUAUCAGUUUGUAAUCAAUAAUCUCAUUUCCAUUAAAUAAAUAUAUUUAAAUGAUCAUAAUGUGAUAUUUUGGUGAAGAUUUGUAUCAAACAAAUUUUGCUUUUAAUACAUUUUACACCUCCUGCAUUUUCGGAUGUAACACCAGUCCAUUUAUAAGUUGUUCAGACCAACUCUGGAUACAAAUCCUGGAGGAACUUUGAAGAACCGUUUUGAGAAGCUUCAGAGGGAUCGUCAGGAAAUCUGGGGACUGCUGAGGAUCUGGAGGAACCCAAGAAGAGACUCAGAAGAUCCCAAAAAAACUACCAGAAGAACUCAAAUUAUAAUCUGAAGACUCAUAAACUGAACUCUAAGGACUCUGAGGAAAUAUGGGAACUUCAGCAAGUCUGGAGAUGCUACAAAGUAUCUGAAGAACCUUAAAGCCAUUGAAGAGUAUUUGAGAAGGGCCCUCAGACUGCUGAGAGUCUGAAAAAAUCUAAAGCACACUGAGUCCCAGAGUGAGUGAGGAGUCCCAAAAGAACCCUAAGGCCCUUAAAGACUCUUUGCAAAGCUCUGAAGAUCCUAAAAGAUCUGAAGAAAUCUAGAAGGGUAUCUCUGUAGGGGCUGAAAGAACCCCAGAAGAAGACGGAGGCCCUUAAAGCCUCUGUAGGAAACUGCUGAAAGUCUAAAGAAAUCCAGCAGGUAACUCUGUAUGGCCCAGAGGAGCCUCAGAAGAACCCUCAGGCUCUUAAAGACUAUCUGGGAAGCUCUAAAGAUUCCUGAAAGAUCCUAAAAAUACUCUAAAGGGACCCCCAAAAAUACUUUUUAGAGGCUCUGACGGUUGCUGUAGAUCCUAAAUAGGUCAGAAGAAAUCUGGUAGGCAUCGCUUGCUGAUUAGAUUACCUCCUAAAGGAACUCUAGAGGGACCCUCAAGACCCAGAGGAAAUCAUGGGGACUGCCGAGAGUCUGAAGGAGCCCCAGAGGUAACUCAGAGGAACCCCAGAUAAAUCUUAUCCUCUAAGGUACCUGAAGGCUUGCUAGGAACCUCUGAGGACUGCUAUAUAUCUUAAAGGGACCCAGAGGCUCCCCCAGGAGGAUUUCCACAAUCCUAGAACAGUGGGGGGUGGCCUUAGGUUCUCGACUUACCCAGAAAGAAACUGAAGAACCUUUUUAAAGUCAUAGAAAUCACCAAGACUCUGAAGAAGGCAAGAGGCCCAACCCUGAUGAAAUCUGGGGAGGGCUGAAGACUUUGAGGAUUCCAAGUACUUUGAGGAACCCUAGAGUGACCCUCCUGAUCCAAAGGAAAUCUGGGGACUACAGAGGCACCCCAAACACUCUAGAGGAACCCUGAGACCUCCUCAGAGCCCCCCUAGAGAACCAAUGGGCACCCUGCGAGACCUGCAGUACGCCCUGCAGGAGAAAAUCGAGGAGCUGCGGCAGCGCGACACCCUGAUCGAUGAGCUGGAGCUGGAGCUGGACCAGAAGGACGAGCUGAUCCAGCGGCUGCAGAACGAGCUGGACAAAUACCGGUCUGUGCUCCGGCCUGCCACGGCCCAGCAGGUCCAGGCCCAGCAGCAGAACCUGGUCCUGCAGCCGGACCAGCACCGCAGCAAGCGGCAGGCCAUCUCUGCCGAGCCCACCGCCUGCGACAUCAGUGACCUGAGCCACGUCACGCUGCCCUUCUACCCCAAGAGUCCGCAGUCGAAGGAGAUGAUCAAGGACGCUAUCCUGGACAACGACUUCAUGAAGAACCUGGAGCUGUCUCAGAUCCAGGAGAUCGUGGACUGCAUGUACCCGGUGGACUACGGGAAAGACGCCUGCAUCAUCAAGGAGGGUGACGUGGGCUCGCUGGUCUACGUGAUGGAAGAGGGGAAGGUGGAGGUGACUAAAGAGGGGAUGAAGUUGUGCACAAUGGGACCAGGCAAAGUGUUCGGAGAGCUCGCCAUCCUCUACAACUGCACCCGCACAGCCACCGUCAUGACCCUGGUGCAGGUGAAGCUGUGGGCGAUCGACCGUCAGUGCUAUCAGACCAUCAUGAUGAGAACCGGACUCAUCAAACACGCUGAGUACAUGGACUUCCUAAAGAGCGUUCCAACCUUCCAGGGUCUCCCAGAGGAAACGCUCAAUAAGCUGGCCGACGUCAUGGAGGAGACUCAUUAUGAAGAUGGACAGUACAUCAUUAGACAGGGAGCCAGAGGAGACACCUUCUUCAUCAUCAGCAAGGGAAUGGUGAACGUGACCCAGGAGGAUGCGGCCAAUCAGGAGCAGAUACACCUCAGAGAGCUCAACAGGGGUGACUGGUUUGGAGAGAAAGCCCUGCAGGGUGAAGAUCUGAGAACAGCCAAUGUCAUCGCUGCUGAGGCCGUCACCUGCCUUGUCAUUGACCGAGACUCGUUCAAGCAUCUGAUUGGUGGACUGGAUGACGUUUCCAAUAAAGGAUACGACGACGCAGAAACCAAAGCCAAGUACGAGGCAGAGAAUGCCUUCUUCUCCAGUCUGAAGCUGAAGGAUUUCAACAUCAUCGACACACUCGGAGUUGGCGGCUUCGGACGCGUCGAGCUGGUGCAGCUGAAGAAUGAGGAGGCGAAGACGUUCGCCAUGAAGAUCCUGAAGAAACGCCACAUCGUCGACACGAGGCAGCAGGAACACAUCCGCUCUGAGAAACACAUCAUGACCGAGGCGCACUCCGACUUCAUCGUCAGGUUGUACCGGACGUUUAAAGACAGUAAAUAUCUGUACAUGCUGCUGGAGGCCUGUCUAGGAGGAGAGCUGUGGACCAUACUGAGGGACAGGGGUUCAUUUGAAGAUUCGACAACCAGGUUCUACACGGCAUGUGUAGUUGAAGCCUUCGCCUACCUGCAUGCCAAAGGCAUCAUAUACAGAGACCUGAAGCCUGAGAACCUCAUCCUGGACAGCCGCGGAUACGCCAAGCUGGUGGACUUUGGUUUUGCCAAGAAGAUCGGUUGCUGUAAGAAGACGUGGACGUUCUGCGGGACGCCAGAAUACGUCGCUCCAGAGAUCAUCCUCAACAAGGGUCAUGAUGUCUCCGCAGACUACUGGUCCCUGGGCAUCCUGAUGUAUGAGCUGCUGACCGGCAGUCCUCCGUUCUCAGGCCCAGAUCCAAUGAAAACCUACAACAUCAUCCUAAGAGGCAUCGACAUGAUCGAGUUCCCCAAGAAGAUCACCAAGAAUGCUGCCAACCUCAUCAAGAAGCUCUGCAGAGAUAAUCCUUCUGAAAGGCUUGGAAACCUGAAAAACGGAGUAAAAGACAUACAGAAGCACAAGUGGUUUGAAGGUUUUAACUGGGAGGGUCUAAAGAAAGGAACUCUGACGCCGCCGAUCACGCCUGAUGUUUCUUCUCCUAUCGACACCAGUAACUUUGACAGUUUCCCUGAAGACAUGGACGAGCCACCUCCGGACGACAACUCCGGGUGGGAUUACGACUUUUAGUUCAGCUUGCACCCAAAGCCUGACACCUUAUGGCUGGUGGUGAGGUCCACAUCUGAGACCAUUUCGCACCCGGCUGAGCAAAGUUGAGCUCUGUGUGUCGGUUGGAGGACAUUUAUACCCGGAGCAACUUACUGUGACGUUGCCUGUUUGGUUUAUAAGCAUUGUUGGACCCAGUGGGAGUACAACUCUCAAUGUUUUGAAGUCACGAUGUGGGUGUGCAGAAGGAAGCAGAUGGAAAAGACCUGCAGGUCUCUUGAUGAUCAAACUGAUCUGGUCUGUUUACUCUAACUGGAGACCUGAGAACUGGAAGAGGAGGUGGUUCAGGGACAAGACAAACCAUCCAUCCACAUCAACAGUUUGCUCCUGUUUUCAAGCCCAGGGUCACUUGUUUGUCAAGUCUCUUAGAGUGGUAAAUAGGUCCUAGAAAUCUAGUGAUGCAUGCCUGGUCCAAAGGGGUAUAAGCAUGUUCUUCAUCCUCCAAAUUUUAGAGAGCUGUCAGAACUCCUUCGAAGCCUCGGAGGGUUUCUUUGAACCUGGAAAAACCCUGAUUCCUUGUUUGUCUGCAGCUGAACUGGGUAUUUAUCUAUCAGCAGUCAGUCAAAUGCUAUGGGUGUUGCUUUAUGUCCCAUAUUUUGCUGCAAGACAAUUGUUUAUCAAGUCUUUAAGAGCAGGAGCCCUAAAAGUCUUAACAUGGCAUGUUUGUGGUCCUUCUUUUCCGCAAAAGAGUAAAAGCAUGAUCUUGACUUUCAUGACCUGGAAAAAGACCUCCCAUCUCUUUCAGGUUUUAGAGAACUGUAAGAACUCUGGAACAUAAUUGUUCUGUCAACACAAAUGUGCCAACCAAGCAGAAAACAUAUUUUUGCAAUGCCUAGGAACGACUCUGAGAUAUACAAACCCAGAGCAACAUCGAUUCCAUGUUUGCCUACUGCUGAACUUUGGGUAUUUUCACCCCUCAGCAGUCGGUCAGACACUUCAGGCCUUCCUUUGUCCCAUAUAUUGCUGCAACACUUAGUUUGGACGUUUGUUUGUCAUGACUGCCAGAAACCUGCUGCUUAAACCCAUCAGUGAAGCCACCAGAGGCAGAAGCCGUUAAACCUUAAAGGGGUGAAGGGGCAUUUAGUCAGAAAGUGCUUCCCAGAGAAAAAGACAAGUCUGGGACAUCAAAGGUGGGCAUGGUACACUUCAACAAACUGGUGUUUCAUCAAAUGGACACACAGUUGACCUGGGGCAGUACCAAUGUGGAUCUACUGGUUGGUUUCUUCAUUCUGGGCAGAAGAGGUUGGUAGUUUUGGCAACACUGGUCCUGACAUUGUUGAAAAUAAGUAAGAACAAACUCACAUCAGACAGUUGGCAGCUUUGAAUUGUCCCUUCAGAUGCCACCUAAUGACAUUGUAGACACCUUGGCCCUGUUUCUCUGCAGCCAAUGGAAAACCUCUGUUCCUGUCAAGUGUCCUUGAUCACUGGCUGACACUUGACAUUUGACCCCUUGGAGGGAUUUCAUACUUCUAUUAACUACUACUGCCUGCCUUGUGAUAUCUGGUGUUUAGGUUUUGUGGCCGGGUAGUCCUUAGGGGCUUUUAUGGCCCUUUGAACCCAGGUUUGGCUCUCUAAGGGUGGGCUGGAGGAUCGACGGUUGAACACAAACCACAGAAUGAAAGACUUAACAGGCAAACUCGAGGUCACCAUGAUGCCUUCACUUCUCAUUUCUUUAUCGGAACCUUAAAAUCCAAAGACUGAAAAACGAAACAAAUUGGGUGUAGCAGCUGUGGUUCUCCUCGGCAAAUGACGUGGAGGUGAUACGAACAUUUCUACUUUUAAACUUUCCUUUAUCAUUCUUUAUGGUGUGAAUCUUUGGAUCAUGGCAUGAGAACAGAUAUUUUGUACAUAUUUCCAAGACUUCCUACAUAUUUUUGCACGCACCCACAAACACUCCAUUCGCAGAGACACAUGCACGACUUGGUUGAAUUUCUUAUCGGCUGUUUGUUUCAAGGCGUUUCAAAGUUGAGCUAGUUUCAGGAUUGUUCCUAUUUUGUUUGUAAGGUUGGUGGUGUACUUGCUUUUAAAUGACCCAGUUUCAGACCUCUGCCUCACUAAACAGAUCUGGUGUUGUGCUCAUUGACGACUGUUGUAAAAAGUUAAGCCAAUCAGAGAUUUGUAGGCAGGAUUUGGAAUAAGGGCACCAUCUUCCUUUGCCAGAGCAAGAGAAAUGGUGACAAGUGUGGUUGAGAUAUUUGCAGCUCUACAAACAGUUUUUGUAUGUCAAUAUACAGAAAAAACAACUCUUGGCAGAUGGUGCCAUGAAACGGCCAACCUCAAUUUUAAAGCCAACAUGGACCAGAAGUCUUUUUAAGUGCUCAAAAAGAAAUGUGAAUGUGUUAACUUUCAACCGCAAAUCAACACAUCUUUGACUAACAUGAUGAACGUUGAGGAUUUGAGGAUUCUAAGGUUUGAGGGUUUAAAGGCUGAACCACAAUGGGGCAGAUCAGGGCCAAAUCAUCCCUGGACAUCACAAGUAUAUUUUCCAUGAGAACAGAUUUUUAAACAUAAACAUGAUGAGACUUCACAAGGUCAACAUACUAUUAAAGACACAAUGCAGGCAAAUUGUUCUCACUCCCAACUUGUCAAAUAUAGGUGUCGUAGGUACCCCUUUAGCGUCUCUAACUCCAAUGUAAGCCCAAGCACGUUGGACAAGUUGGGAGUGAGACAUGUUGACGCAGGAAACACAAACUGGGUUAAAAGCAACUAUAUAUGCACCCUUAAAAAGACUGAACCGAAAGCAAAGUCUUCAUACUUUUUUUUCAUGCUUACAGUUCCACUUACAGAUGUCGAGUAGACGUAGACGUGCAGUCUUUAAAGGCUUGUAUUUCUUCUACAAGCAAAGAGUUUAACCAUAAAAAGUGUAAUUUGUAUUUAUUAUGUUUUGUGGCCUUUUGUAAAAGCAGCUGAUAGUCGUGUCACUUUGGUACGAAGCCUUUGAAUUUGUUCUGUGAUAUUUUUGUAAACUGAGCAGCGAUGUGACUUCUGUGAUCUCUGCAUGAAAAUGUAGGAAAUGUUCAGUUUUCAGUCAGAGACAGAAGGUCCUAUUCUCUUUCUUUCUAAAACACUGAGAUAUUUAGAUAAAUAGGAUGUUAUUAGCUUAGCUUAGCAUAAAGAAUGGAAAUAGCUAUGGUUUCUGGGAGUUAUUUGUUGUGAGGGAUUGUGUCCUUAUUGCUGUCUUGUUUCUUAAAUCUGAUUUUCAGUAAACCCUCCAAAGUUCAAAGAAUACACCAAUGAACACUCUGAUGAACACAUAACAUCUAAUUUGUUUAAUAUUUACUAAAACACAAAUGUUAUGUAUCUUAAAUUCACCAACACACAAUGGCAAACACACACAAUCCAAUCAAAAAGUGAUUAUAAAAGAUGAUGUUUUUGGACCAGAAGGAGAAAUAUUAAUGUUCAUAUGGAUUCUUAGUAAUGAUAUGUUGUGGUUAUUAUGAGAUUGUGUUAUGAAGCUCGAUGUCACUGAUUUAUUUGUAUAUACUGGGGAUAUAGUAUUUUAUGGUGUCUCAGCUGUUUGUAGAUUAUUAUUAUUAUUAUUAUUACAGUGGCUGCUAUGGUAGCUGAAGAAAUGUUCCCUUGCUCUGUCUCUCAGUUCAAAAAAGCUUUAUGGGCAUGACUGUUAAAAACAAAACAAAAACAAAAAUAAAUUUGCCAAAGCAGUUUGAUC